UUAGGGAGGGAGUGACGGCGGGGGUGCAGCAUGGAUUAGUGCAGCGACAAGGACUGGCGCCUUUAUUUAUUUCUUUAUUUUUAUUUUUAGGCUUCCACAACAAAAGGGGGAGUGAUUGAGGGAGAUCCUCCUGAGGACAUUUGCACUUGUUACUCCUCGCUGCCUUCUUCAGCGGCCACGGUGUGCACCUCCAAGCCCCCCCACCUCAGCCAGUAUGUCCAGCUCGCAGACACCAGAGGACGGCCUCUACGGCUCCUGGGUGGAACUGGAGGAGCUGAUCGCAGCGGUGAGCCGCAGGGAGAGUCUGUCAGGGCCGCAGGAUAGCAUCUCCUCCGCUCUGCAGGAGGAGCUAGAGAGGAUCCUCCUGGAGGCGCAGCUGGAGUGCGAGAGGAAUCGAGACAGUCCCACGCAGGUCGUGACCCCACAGUCGGCCGGUUCCCCAAGACCCCCCAGUGAUCCAGACAGUGACUGUAUCACCAUACAGGAGGAGAGUGACAGGAGAGCAGACACUGAUUGGGUGUGGGACUGGUCCAGCAGGCCUGAAAACAUGCCACCAAAAGAGUUCAUGUUUCAGCACCCGAAGCAGCCAAGCUCUCUCAGCGUCCGAAAGACGGAGGUGAUGAAGAGGGGGAUCUUCUCGUCCGACGUGCUCCUCAUCCUCGUUCCCUCGCUGCUGGCUUCACAUCUCCUCACGCUUGGCAUCGGCAUCUACAUAGGAAAGCGUUUGGCUUCUUCCACAACUAGCACACUGUGACAUAAGCCCAAGGCUAACCCCCGCCCCCCUCCCUAUCGCUGACGUGUUGGCCAGUAAGGUCACGUCCUCCCCUUCAUCACAACCAUAGUACCUCGCCUGUUUGCUUCUGUGUUUAUCACUAUGUGUGUGCGCGUGUGUGUGCGUGUGUGUGUGUUUGUGUGGCUAUAGCCAGCAGUUACUUCUGCAUGUUGUAGAGCCCUUAAACGGAGGGGAAGGGGGGUGGGGGGGUUGUUGUAUGGAUGGACGCGAGCCAAUGAGUCAGACUGAGGUCACUUUAGCCUCUGAAGAAUAAUCAGAGGAAAGACAUCGGCCAGAUGAUACAACGAAAGGAGAAUUUCCUCAUCUAAAAAAGAAAAAAAAUGGUCUUUGUCCGGAGCAGAGAACGCUGUGUUCGCACAGAUAAAAUACGCAAGCCCUUUGGACAACCUUGGGAAAAAAAGCUGUCAUUUGUCACAAGUAAUGACCCUCUGUAAAAUGUUUUUUUUUCUCUGCCAUAUAUCUCUAAAGUUUUUUUCUGUGUGAGAGUAGGAGUGCUUGUACUUUUUUUGUCCCCUAAUCCCAUUAAAUAUUUAACCUCCCACUAAGACAAUCCCGAUCCCAUUAAACAUCACUCCUCCAAACCUCAA